AUGAAGUGUUACCAGGGAAACGCUUCCAACGGUACACAGGGAAUCAUUACAACGGGAAGCCAGGGAAACAUAAAGAAGGGUGUCCAGGGAAGCAUAACCACUAAUACCAAGGGAAACGUAACGAAGGGUAGCCAGGGAAACUUUAACAAGGGUAACCAGGGAAACUUUACCAAGGGUAGCCAGGGCAACUUUACCAAGGGUAGCCAGGGAAACUUUCUCAAGGGUAACCAGGGAAACUUUACCAAGGGUAGCCAUGGAAACUUUACCAAGGGUAGCCAGGGAAACUUUACCAAGGGUAGUCAGGGAAACAUAACGAAGGGUAGCCAGGGAAACUUUACAAAGGGUAGCCAGGGAAACAUAACGAAGGGUAGCCAGGGAAACUUUACCAAUGGUAGCCAAGGAAACAUAACGAAGGGUAGCCAGGGAAACUUUACUAAGGGUAGCCAGGAAAACUUUACCAAGGGUAGCCAGGGAAACAUAACGAAGGGUAGCCAGAGAAACUUUACCAAGGGUAGCCAGGGGAACAUAACGAAGGGGAGCCAGGGAAACUUUAUCAAUCGUAGCCAGGGAAACAUAACGAAGAGUAGCCAGGGAAACAUAACGAAAGGUAGCCGGGGAAACUUUACCAGGGGUAGCCAGGGAAACUUUACUAAGGGUGGCCAGGAAAACUUUACCAAGGGUAGCCAAGGAAACAUAACGAAGGGUAGCCAGGGAAACUUUACCAAGGGUAGCCAGGGGAACAUAACGAAGGGUAGCCAGGGAAACUUUACCAGGGGUAGCCAGGGAAACUUUACCAAGGGUAGCCAGGGAAACAUAACGAAGGGUAGCCAGGGAAACUUAACGAAGGGCUUCCAGGGAAACAUUACCAAUAAUACAAAGGGAAACAUUACCAAGGGUAGCCAGGAAACUUUACCAAGGGUAGCCAGGGAAACAUAA